AUGCCAAUCGCGAAGGAUGAAUACCCCCCGUAUUCGAAAGUGGACCGGACCCCUGUCCCGUUGUUGAAGACGAAGAGGAUGCGGAUGCAUGCAUCGGGCUUCUCCCAUCUCUUAUGGCGUAAGGUGAGUAGCUACUCGAGUUGUAAUUGCUACUUGGGUUGUUGUUCCCAUUCCAUUGAGGUGUCGUCGCUCCAUAGGGUGACACCGGCGAUCCUAGAGGAGCCAAAGUCGUAG